CAUUUCGACAAAAAAUGAGAAAGAAAACAGUAAGUAACGACCAGGAGCGACGUCAGUUAGCGAGCAAGCAGUCUCCGUCUCCGUCGCUCCGUCGCUCCGCGUACGUCGCGAACGAAAUGUCGCUGCUGUCGCGUUACGGUCGCCGCGCUCACUCGCGCUCGCACAAGCUGCGCUCUCCGACCGCGCUCCCCCGGCUCGCCUCCCUCUCCUCCGCCGCAUCCGCGGGCUCGCCCGGCGCCCGCACUCCGGCUCGACCCGGGCCGCCUCCGGUACGGGUCGGGCUCACCGAGUCGGCCGGCCGAGGGGUCUACGCAGCUCGGCGGAUCGGAGCCGGCGAGCUCAUCCACACGGCCGAACCGGUCGUGUCUCACCCCUCUCUCCACUCUCUCCACGCCGUCUGCUACUUCUGCCUCAGGAAACUGAACAGCUCGCGCUCUCCGGCUCGUGCGGCGUCGUUCUGCAGCGAUGACUGCAGAGCACGCUCCCAGGCAUUUCAUGAAGUCGAGACAAGGGCAGACUGGUCACUCCACGAUGGUUAUUGUCGCACCCAAGGUUUGAAAUAUCCCCUCCUGGUAAAACGGCUAGCUUGUAUGAUUAUAUCAGGCGCAACAUCCAGCGACUGCCUUGACAUACUUCAACCUGCUUAUUUGUCUCCUGAGAUGAUAUCUGAGAUGGAGGAAGGGUUCAGAUUGCUGAAGUGUGCCUUCACAGAUGCUCAUGUGAAGGAUGAGCAGAUAGCAUUUCUGACUAAGCAAUGGUACAUUGCGUUGCUUGCACGGAUUCGUAUAAAUGCAUUUCGUGUAGAGGUGGUUGGAGGAUUGUUUGAGGAUUUACUUUCAAUGGCCGCGGCAUCUGUAGAAGCUGAAGCUGCUGUUGGAAAUGCGGUUUACAUGCUUCCUUCAUUCUACAAUCAUGACUGUGAUCCAAAUACGCAUAUUAUAUGGUUAGAAGAUGCAGUUGCAAGAUUGAAGGCCCUUCGAGAUAUUGAGCCAGGCGAAGAACUUAGAAUUUGCUACAUUGAUGCAAGUCUUGAUCGGGAUGCACGGCAAAGUCUUCUGUCCCAAGGGUUUGGCUUCAGGUGUGACUGCCCUCGGUGUUUAUCUGGAGACUAGAAGGAUUUCUGAUAUGAAAUAUUGGCAAAGGAGAUGAGAUUUUUCCUACUCUCUCGCAUUCAUUAGCGAUAAUUCUGCUGCUAUUCUUUUAUCUUUCAGUUUGCGCAAAAGUCUAGGCAUUGCAUGCAACUUCAGUAAAACUAAAAGCCUUUCGAGCAACUUAAAUUUAGUGAAGUCCCCCUUGUGCAGUUCUGUUUCUGCUCUUAUUUCAAUAACAUUGUGCUUGUUGCAAAGAACAGGAGAUCAUCAGAUUUAACUAUGGGUAUAGGUUUGAUAUGAUUCUCUUCA